AUGGUUUGGCAUGCUUCUAACCAACAUGUAGAUGGUAGUAUGGUGCAUCCUGUUGAUAGUGAGGCAUGGAAACAUUUUGAUCGCACCCACUCUUGGUUUGCAUCUGAUCCAAGAAAUGUUCGGCUUGGAUUAUGUACUGAUGGAUUCAAUCCUUUUGGGCAACGGUCUAAACCGUAUUCUUGUUGGCCCGUAAUUGUUGCAGUUUACAAUUUACCUCCAUGGAUGGCAAUGAAAAAACCUUACAUGUUUCUGAAUAUGGUAAUUCCAGGUCCUAAAAGCCCUGGAAAAAGCUUGGAUGUUUUUUUGAGGCCUUUGAUUGAUGAGCUGAAAUUGUUGUGGCAUGAAGGAGUUUGGACUCAUAAUGCUAAUUCUAACCAAAACUUUCAAAUGAAAGCAGCAUUGUUAUGGACAAUAAGUGAUUUUCCUGCAUAUGGUAUGAUAUCUGGAUGGAGCACACAUGGUAGAAUGUCAUGUCCAUAUUGUAUGGAAAAUAGUAAGGCCUUUAUACUUCAGCAUGGUGGGAAGCCAUCUUUUUUUGAUUGUCAUCGUCAAUUCCUUCCUAUUAACCAUCCAUAUCGAAGACAGAAAGAUAAAUUUAGAAAAGGUUUCAUAGAAAAAACUCCUCCACCUUCUCGUAUGGCAGGUGAUGUUAUACAACAUCGGGUUAAUUUGUUGAGUGAUGUUGUGUUUGGAACAACUGCUGGCAAGCAAACAAUACCGGGGUUUGGAGUACAGCAUAACUGGGUGAAAAAGAGUAUAUUUUGGGAGCUUCCAUAUUGGCAAUCAAAUUUACUUCGACAUAAUUUGGAUGUUAUGCAUAUAGAGAAGAAUGUAUUUGAUAACAUAUUCUACACAGUUAUGGAUGUGAAUGGCAAAUCAAAGGACACUAUCAAGGCAAGACAAGAUUUGAAAGUCUAUUGCAAUCGUCCCGAGUUAGAAUUGUUGUAUAAUAAUGGUAAAGUGUACAAACCUAAAGCCACUUAUUCUUUGAAUAAAGAACAGAAACGGUCAAUUUGUCAAUGGCUUAAGGAUUUGAGGUUGCCUGACGGUUAUGCUUCGAACAUUGCUCAGUCUGUUAGUGUGAAUGAUUGUAAAUUUUAUGGAUUAAAAAGCCAUGAUUGCCACAUAUUGAUGCAAAGACUGAUACCAAUUGCAUUUCGUGACAUAUUGCCUAAAGCAGUUUGGGAUGCUUUGACUGAGUUGAGUCAUUUUUUUAGAGACAUAACUGCAACCACACUCACAGAAGAAAAUUUGAAUAUCUUAGAAAAAAAUAUUGUUGAGAGCAUUUGCAAGAUGGAGAAGAUAUUCCCACCCGGUUUCUUUGACUCAAUGGAGCAUUUACCUAUUCACUUGGCAUACGAGGCAAAAGUAGGUGGACCUGUGCAAUAUCAUUGGAUGUAUCCCUUUGAACGAUACCUCUUUGACUUGAAGAAAAAAGUCAAAAAUAAAGCUUCUGUUGAGGGUUCAAUUGUUGAGGCAUAUCUUAUUGAGGAAAUUUCAUCUUUUUGCUCACAUUACUUUGAGCCAUCUAUCUCGACAAGACUAAAUAGAGUCCCAAGAAAUGAUGAUGGUGGACAUGUAGAACCUAUGGGACGCCUUUCGAUUUUCACUCAUGCAGGUCGACCUUUUGGGCAGUUGGAACAUGGCAGAAUGUUGUCAAAUGAAGAGUACUGUGCAGCACAUUUAUAUGUGUUAUUGAAUUGUCCUGAAAUUGAUCCGUUUAUUGAGAUUUUUGAUUCUCAUUUUCGAGAAACAAUACCAAAUAUCAGCGAUCAACAAAUUGAGCAAAUGCGAGAGCAAGAACUGGCUAAUUGGUUAAAAGACUAUGUGGGAAGGAACGAAGUUGAUAACUGCAUUUAUCAAAUAGCUCAAGGGCCCAGUCGAAAAGUACAAUCAUAUAAAGGAUAUUUUGUGAAUGGAUUUAAAUUUCAUCGACAUGAUUAUGGCAGAGAGCGAAAAACAUUAAAUAGUGGUGUAUGGGUCAAAGGAAGUUGUUAUAAUGAAUAUGAAAGUGAUUACUAUGGCUUGCUGAAUGAGAGGGGUAAGGGUCCAUCCUCAACAUGGUCUUGUGGAAAUCAAUGUCAAAUUAAGGCUAGCAUCAUCUGA